AUGCCUGGUCAGCAUGCAAGCCAGGGCCUGGACGUGCCGCCCUCGAUCGCACCACCCAGCCCAGCAAAAGCACAAGCACAAGCACAAGCACAAACCCAGGAUCCUACGCCGUCACCCUCACAGCCACAAUCACCGCCCGCUCCCAUCUCCUUCCGACGUUCCACCAUCAAGGACGCCAGACCGUUCUCCGACUUCCUGACGGACACCUUCGACCGCCAACAUGACUACCUCCGCAUAUCCCUCACAGAAAAGUGCAAUUUGCGCUGCGUCUAUUGUAUGCCCGAGGAGGGUGUGCCACUCUCCCCUGCCCGUGAACUCCUGACCACUCCAGAGGUCGUCCUGCUUGCUUCGACGUUUGUCUCUCAGGGUGUCACCAAGAUCCGCUUGACCGGCGGCGAGCCCACUGUGCGAGCUGAUAUCCUGCCGCUCAUGCAGCAGCUCGGAGCCCUCCGCUCCCAUGGCCUGCGGGAGCUGUGUGUCACCACCAACGGAAUCGCCCUGCAUCGCAAGCUAGAGGCCAUGGUCGAAGGUGGCUUAACCGGCAUCAACCUGAGCCUCGAUACCCUUGACCCUUGGCAGUUCCAGAUCAUGACCCGGCGCAAGGGCUUCGCUGCCGUGCAGAAGAGCAUCUCGCGCAUCUAUGAACUUAACCGCGCCGGCGCCGGCCUGCGCUUCAAGAUCAACUGUGUUGUCAUGCGCGGCGUCAAUGACCGCGAGAUCCUCGACUUUGUCGAGAUGACGAGAGACAACAAUGUUGAGGUCAGAUUUAUUGAGUAUAUGCCCUUUGACGGGAACAAGUGGAGCAAAGGGAAGAUGCUCAGCUACUCGGAGAUGCUUGACUCCAUCCGCGAGCGAUUCCCGUCGCUGUGCAAGGUUCAGGACCACAAGAAUGACACCAGUAAAACAUGGCACAUUCCCGGAUUCGCCGGGCGUAUUGGCUUCGUGACGAGCAUGACGCACAACUUCUGUGGCUCAUGCAACCGCCUACGCAUAACCAACGACGGGAACCUGAAGGUGUGCCUGUUCGGAAAUGCUGAAGUGUCUCUGAGAGAUAUAUUGAGGGAAGUGAACCGCGGGGAGCCCAUCGAUGAGGAGGCCUUCGCAAGGCUGAGAAAGCUCGCCGUGGACCGGCAGCUCCCGGCACUCACCGCGUCUGAAGAAGGCGAAAAGGCCUUGAUGUUGGCCCCAAAUUCUGAGGAACUGCUAAACGUUAUCGGCGCGGCGGUUAAAAGGAAGAAGGCCAAGCAUGCGGGCAUGGGCGAACUGGAACACAUGAAGAACAGACCAAUGAUAUUAAUAGGUGGUCCUACCGCCCGCCUAUUUUCCACCACCUCAAGACUCCUACCCAAGCCCAAAGACGGCAGCAAGAUCCCCCCUCGCUCUUCACCCACCAGCCCCUCGCCACCGGACGCAGAUGGCCGGCCUCAACCGGAUGAAGGACCAGCACCAGUACCAGCACCAGCAACGCUGACGCACCUCUCCCCCGCCGGCGCGGCGCACAUGGUCUCCAUCGCCCACAAGCAGCCCACCACCCGCACGGCGCGCGCCGUCUGCGCCGUGCGCUUCUCGCACCCCCUCGCGCUGCGGCUGAUCCGCGAGAACGGGCACAAGAAGGGCGACGUGCUGGGCGUCGCGCGCAUCGCCGGCAUCAUGGCGGCCAAGAGGACGCCCGACCUCAUCCCGCUGUGCCACCCCGUCAUGGUAUCGCACGUCAGCGUCGAGCUGGAGCCCAGGGUCGGCGGGUCGGCGGGCGAAGACGGUGGUGGUGGUGCGCUGGACGUGUCCGCGACGGUGACGUGCGACGGCAAGACGGGCGUGGAGAUGGAGGCCCUCACGGCCGCGUCGGCCGCGGCGCUUACCGUCUAUGACAUGUGCAAGGCUGUGGACAAGGGCAUGCGUAUUGAGGGCCUGAGGGUUGUCCUCAAGGAAGGGGGCAAAAGUGGAAGGUGGGUUGAGGGCAUGAAGACGGACUGA